AUGACAACAAGUGAAGAUAAAUUGGAAAUUGAGACUGAAUUGUCGGAAGACAAACAGAUUUUAUUACAGAAAUUAUCAACGAUAUUUGAUCCUGAAACAGCGAUUGAUUUCGUUUGUCCAAAGACACAGGAGACAAAACAACUUGUUACUAUUGAAGAAUUAAAACAUGGUAAAUUUCAUAUUUAUUAUUAUUUGAUUGUGUAA